AUGUUUAAAUAUAUAAGUAGGUUUUUUACUUAUGUGUUUUAUUUAUUAAUAUCUUAUAAUUAUUUUAUGUAUUCAUGUGGAUUUAAUUUAAAAAAACGUUUGAUAGUUCAUUUUUUUAUAUCAAAUAAAUCAUUUUGCAAAAAUUCUAUUUUUCCAAGAAGAAAAUAUAAAAUAAAAUACUUAAAUAAAGAAUAUACAGCAGAUAAAUGUAAAAGUAAUUGGAAUAACUAUAAAAAAAAAGUUGUAAAUAAUGAAAAUAAAAUAAAAAUAAAAUUUAAUCACCUACUGAAAGAAAAAAAUAAUGAAAACAUUCAAAGCAAGAAUAAAAAUAAAAGAACAUUAUACAUAGUAGAAGAAAAAUUGGAAAAUAUAUCUAGAGGAAAAAAAAAAAAAAAUGUAGAAAAGGUAAAAAAAGUAAAAGGAAAUAAGAAAAACGAAGAAAAUAUUAGCAAAAGUAAAGAAGUAGAAGAUGCAAAAUCAUAUAAUAAAAUAAAAGAAAUAAACGAAAAUGAAAAAUCUAACUUUAUAAAUGAAAAUAUAACAAAUAAUUUUUCAAAUGAAGAAAAUAAAAUAAAUCAUAAAACAAAAAGUGAAGAAAUAAAUAAUCAAGGGGAAAAUAACUAUGAAGAAUGUGAAAAUAAAAAACGUUUAAAAGAUGAUACAGUAAGGAAAAAAUUAUCCGAACUAGCAAAAUUAAGAUGGAAAAAUGAAGAAGAAAGAAAGAAGCUAUUAUUAGGUAAAAAAAAAUUUAAGCAUUCGGAGAAAACAAAAAAGUUAUUAUCUUAUAAAAUAAAGUUGAAGUGGAAGGAUGAAAAAUAUAGAGAGAAAAUAAUAGAAAAAACAAGAAUUUUUAAUCAAGAUGAAAAUACCAAAAAAAAAAAAUCAUUAAUAUUGAAAGAGAAAUGGAAAAUAAAAGAAUUUAGAGACAAAAUGCUAAAUAAUAGAAAACCAUUUAGUUUAGAAAGAAGAAAAAAAAUUUCAGAGAUAAUAAAGCAGAAAUGGAAAGAAGAAGACUACAAACAAAAAACAUUGAAAGCAAUAAAGGAUAAUUAUAAAAAAAGAAAAUUACAAGUUGGAUUAAACCCAGACUUAAAUUAUAUUCAAAAUGUAAUGUUAUUUAAACAGUUAGGUAUUUGUGCUCCAAAAAUAAGAUAUUUUCCUGAUAUACAUAAGGAAAAAUUAAGAAACAAAAAAAAAAAAAAAAAAAAAAAAGACAAAGAAAAUUAUAAAGAAAAAUGGAAAAAUAUUUAUGAUAGUAUUUUAGAUAAAAAUGAAUUUCAAAAUUCUUCAUCUCAUUUAGGUAAAAUAGAGAAUUUAAGUGUAAGCACAAAUUUAUAA